AUGGUCUCAGAAAAUCCUGCUCCAAAUCGUAAGGACUCAGAAUGGUCAAAAGACGAAAUUAAUAGGGGACAAAGUACCAAUAGCGAUUCAAAGUCAUCUUCGACCCCUCAAGAUCCACCACCGUUCGUCAGAGCAAUAUCGAAUUUGAGAUGUCCAUCGCCACCACCUAUAUUAAAUAACAGCAAUACUAAUAAUGCACCGAAGAAGCCUGUAUCAUCGUCGCCAAUUCUGGGAAAUACUAUGUCGAUAUCUACUCCAAAUAUUACCCAGCAAAGGGAAACGAUUCCGGCGGGAGGUGCAGUUUUGAAGGAGAAGGAAAAAGUAGCUAAUCAGAGUGCAGCAUCAAUAAUACCCCUGCAGAGUCAUGAACCUUCUUUCAAUGUUCCCCUGGUGCGGGAGCCAGGAUCGAGUGUCAACUUCAAUCAUUAUAUAAGUCCAAUUUCAUCACCAGCAGGAUCCAAUGUUACGGGAUCCAACAAUUCGUUAACUAGUUUGGACUAUAUAUCGAACCCUCCAUCGCAAAGUACCCACCACAAAGUUCCGUCGGUUCAUGCUCAUUUUUAUGUCGAUGAAACUGUAAAACCGGGAAAAGUAAUAAAUAGAUCACGAAGCAGCUCUGCUAGCGACUACCCUCUGGCUUCGUUACCACCUAAUAGCACAAGGAACUCUUCCAAAAAGGAGAAAGGAAAUGAUCUGAAUUUAUUUGCACCUCCAAGUAUAGACAGUGUGCUUGGACCUAACGAACAAAAUAGCAAUAUAGAUCCAAGACUUCCCCAAGAUGAUGGCAAAUUACAUGUAUUAUUAGGUGUAUGUGGUGCUUUGUCUACGAUUAAAAUUAAAUUAAUAAUAAACAAGUUGAUCGAGAUAUAUACGCCGGAUAAAAUAUCGAUCCAGAUAAUAUUAACUAAAUCGAGUGAGAACUUUAUUCCUCAAGACAUGUUGCAUCAUUUAGAAAAUAAUAAAAGGAUCCGCGUUUGGAGAGAUUCUGAUGAAUGGAAUACUUGGAAAACAAGACUGGAUCCUGUUUUGCAUAUUGAAUUACGUCGUUGGGCCGAUAUCUUGAUCGUCUCGCCUUUAACCGCUAACACUUUAUCUAAGAUUUCAUUAGGAUUAUGUGAUAAUUUAUUAACCAAUGUUAUACGAGCAUGGAAUACCUCAUUUCCUAUCUUGCUAGCUCCGUCUAUGGUUAGUGCGUCAUAUAAUGCUGUUACAACUAAGAGACAAUUACGAUUAAUUUCAGAAGAAAUGCCAUGGAUAGAAUUCUUGAAGCCUGUGGAGAAAGUUGUGGGAAGUUAUGGUGAAAUAGGAAUGGGUGGUAUGAUGGAUUGGAAUGAGAUUGUCAAUCGAAUCGUGUUAAAGUUGGGUGGUUAUCCAGAUGAAGAAGAUAAUGAAGCUGAAGAUGAAGAGAAGAAAGAUGAUAACGAAGAAGCAAUUAUGGAUGACGACGAUGACGAUGAUGAUGAUGAUGAUGAUGACGACGAUGAAGAUGACGACGACGAUGAUGAUGAUGAUGACAACAAUGGUGAUGAUAACAUUGAGAAUAAGAAUUCUGUAUCUCAAACCGCGGAAAACUUACAAUCUUUAAUUAUUGAAGAGGAAGAAUCUAUCAACACUUAA